AUGAAUUCCUAUUUUACGAACCCGUCGCUCUCAUGCCAUUUGAGCGGUGGUCAGGAAGUUCUGCCAAACGUUGCCCUCAACUCGACAAACUAUGACACGGUGCGACAUUUCUCGUCGUAUGGCGCCGCCGUGGCCCAGAACCGGAUAUACUCCAAUCCGUUCUACUCACCACAAGAAAAUGUAAUGUUCGGGUCCGGCCGGGGACCGUACGAGUACGGAUCAAAUGUGUUCUACCAGGACAAGGAUGUACUUCCAAGUUGCAGACAAAGCCUUGGACAAGCACAUGGUUCACUUUCACAGAAUUAUGCUUCAGAUCAAGGCAGGACUGCGUCUCAAGAACCGAAAGGAAGCAUUCAAAUAUAUCCGUGGAUGCAGCGGAUGAACUCGCAUAGCGGAGUUGGCUAUGGGUCUGACAGACGGCGAGGUCGACAAAUCUAUUCUCGAUACCAAACUCUAGAACUAGAGAAAGAGUUCCAUUAUAAUCGUUAUUUGACAAGGCGCAGACGAAUCGAAAUUUCCAGUGCGCUGUGUCUCACUGAACGCCAGAUCAAAAUCUGGUUUCAAAACCGCCGGAUGAAAUGGAAGAAGGAGAGCAAUCUUACAUCGGUCCUCAAUGACAGUUGCUCGCUAGGGGCUGGUCAAGACAUGGGCAAAGAAGAAACACGCGGGACGACAGAAGAAAAUUAG